AUGCAGGUCGACGAGGAUGUCAUCGGCAUCUUCUACCAACGCCUCUUCCCAUUCAAGCCGCUCUUCACCUGGCUCAACCACAGCCAUGUCCCCUCAAAGCACAUGGCGCAUCGCGAAAUUGCAUUUUCCCUCUUCAACGACGUCUACAUCCGCUACAACAGCUUCCCGACAUGGGAUGCCUUCCGUAAAGAUGUGCUCAGACUCAAACCUGCCAGAUUUGAAAUCGGGCCCAUCUAUUCGCACAACCCGCGUGAUCGUAAAACUCUACGGAAAGCAAUCUUCAAACCCAUCGAGAAGGAACUCGUCUUUGAUAUUGAUCUGACAGACUACGACGACAUCCGAACCUGUUGCAAGGAGACCUCUAUCUGUCACAAAUGCUGGACAUACAUCACAUUUGCUAUUCGCACUAUGGAUGUGUGCUUGCGAGAAGAUUUCGGGUUUGAGCAUAUCCUUUGGGUCUAUUCUGGACGUCGUGGUGCACAUGCGUGGAUUAGCGAUAAAAAGGCACGGAUGCUUGAUGACAGCCAGCGUCGAUCCAUUGCUACUUACCUUGAGCUUGUCAAGGGUAAGAAAGGUGUUGACUUGCGGAGACCACUGCAUCCUUCUGUCGUUCGCAGUUUGGAUUUACUCAAGCGGACAUUCAAGGAAGAUGUCCUCGAUACACAGGAACCUUGGAUCGAUCAAGCGGGCGCUGACAAACUUCUCUUGCGCAUUCCAGAUGCCGACUUGCGUGAAGCCUUGUCUAGAAAGUGGAGUACAGCCAAGAAUCGUCCAUCUGCCCUCAAAUGGGCCGAUUUAGAUGCAUUGGCAGCAAGUGGUGCCGUGAGCAAAGGUUUCAACCCUGCACAGCUGGUGGCAGCCAAGCAAGAUUUGGUGUUGGAGUACAUGUACCCACGACUUGAUGUGGAGGUAUCGAAACACUUGAACCAUUUGCUCAAAUCGCCCUUUUGUGUGCAUCCCAAGACGGGCAAUGUCUGUGUGCCCAUCGAUGCGACAGAUCCAGAGUCAUUUGAUCCAUUCAAGGUGCCAACCGUGGCGAAACUUCUGGAUGAGCUCAACGCUUGGGAAGCAACUCAUCAGAGCGAAGAGGAGGAUGUCAAGGAAAUUCCAGACUAUGCAAAAACCAGCCUCAAGCCGUAUGUCGAACGCUUCAAGAAGCACGCAGAGACAGUCGUGGAGGCGGAAAACAAGCAACCGAAGAGGCCGACGCUCGAUUUUUAG